GCGCUCUCAUUCGUUACACGGCGUGCACGACGCGCACCUCACGCCGCCCGGCUGUACCGUAACACGUGCGACUCUCGUACUUUAUUAGAAUUUCGUUUGUUGUGUGAACUUGUAACAGUGACGAUGCCAAAGAAUAUAUUGGCUGAGAUGGGCUCCCAGGUGGGGCUGACGCCCGCUCGCCAGAAUAAAAAGGAAGCAGAAGAAUGGGCACGAAGACAAAGUGGACCAAUGAUCAAUCCUUCAUUUGAACCGGACGAUUUCACACCGCAAAGUUUAUCACCGGUAAAGGAUGAGAAAAAAAGGCCCGGUGCUGAUAAGGGGAUCUUCCUCGUCAAUAUGAAAGAGAAGAACAUACAGGAGGUCGAAGAAUAUGAGCCCUACGACAACAGAGUGGUGGAGCAUCCGACUACGAACACGGAAACCUUGCUGCAUUUACUCAAAGGCAGUCUCGGCACAGGCAUCCUGGCAAUGCCCCAUGCCUUCUCAAACUCCGGGUACGUGGUGGGAUCUAUAGGCACCAUUGUAAUCGGUGUGCUGUGCACUUACUGCAUCCACAUACUCAUUGACGCGUGUUACGUACUCUGCAAGAGGCGGAAGGUGCCAUCCCUGACCUAUACUGCCGCUGCUGAGGCGGCGUUAUCCGAAGGUCCUGACUGGUGCAAAGCGUGCGCGCCUUACGCUGCACAUGUGGUCAAUGCGUUUCUCCUGAUAUACCAAAUCGGCACGUGCUGCGUUUACGUCGUGUUUGUUGCUGAAAACAUACAAUUUGUUCUGACAAAGCAGUUCGGCUUGGAAGUCCAGGCUAUACACGUGAUGGCGGGGAUCCUCUUGCCGCUGAUCUUGAUCAACUGGGUCCGGGACUUGAAAUACUUGGCGCCAUUCUCGGCUAUAGCCAAUGCAGUCACCAUUGUGAGCUUCGGCAUCAUUCUGUAUUACAUCUUCAGAGUGGUACCGACGUUUGAGGGCAAAUCACCAGUAGGAGAGCUGGCUAAAUUCCCAUUAUUCUUCGGUACUGUACUGUUCGCUUUGGAAGCCAUUGGAGUGAUCCUACCAUUAGAGAACGAGAUGAAGACCCCAAGAGACUUCGUAGGCAAGUUCGGUGUACUGAACCGGGCGAUGAUCAGCAUUAUAAUUCUGUACGUGGGCAUGGGACUGUUUGGGUACCUGCAGUAUGGAGACAACGCUCAAGGAAGCAUCACGCUCAACCUGCCAUCCGACAAAGAAGUUUUGGCCAGCGUAGUGCAGUGCCUGCUAGCGUUCGCGAUCUUCAUCACCCACGGAUUGGCCUGCUACGUUGCAAUCGACAUUCUGUGGAAUGAGUACAUAGGCUGCCGACUAUUAAACAGCAAGCAUCGUCUCAUUUGGGAAUACGUGCUCAGAACCACCAUCGUACUCAUCACGUUUGGCAUCGCAGCGGCUGUUCCUGAGCUGGACCUCUUCAUCUCGUUGUUCGGUGCCCUCUGCCUGUCCGCACUGGGUCUCGCGUUCCCCGCCUUCAUUCAAAGCUGCACCUACUGGUACUACGUGUCGCGCUCCGAACGCAUCCGCAUGAUCAUCAAGAACGCUGUCGUCGUCAUCUUUGGCAUCUUGGGCCUCGUCGUCGGAACCUGGACCUCUCUUGAAGGCAUCAUCCACAAGUUUUCCGGCGGGGCCGCCCAUCCCGUAUUCAAUGGUACGGAACCCGUCAACGGUACGAGUAUAACGGAUGGCGUCUAAGCGAGCCCCGCAGCUCGCAUCGAGCUGGGGUCAGUGUGCGGACAAUGACGUUCCAGUAACGUUAGUGCAAUGUGCCAUGGUACAACUGCCCGGGGAGACCUUACGGCAAUGUGGUAGUAAGUUUAGACAUAGUUCUUCGACGUAUUAUUGUUAUAGACCUUUCCAUUGUAUUGUUAACAAAUAGUGUAAGAGAUGAACUAUUAAUUAUUAUGAAUGUUAAGUUUAAAUAUAUAUAUGUAUAUAUAUAGUAUAUGUAUAAACGGACAUACAUCAAAGUCCAUUUCUGAAGCGACCUGGAGUCCGCUUGAAUGAGCUAUUUGCCAUUAAAUGGUUGAAUAUUUAAAAUAGGCUGGCGAAUUCUGAACUAUUCAUGUCUCAUAACCAGAUUGGUGCGAUAGAAUUAAAUAUCAUAAAAAAAAACUAUUUUACAAUACGAAUUUGAAAUACAAUUAAUUUAUUAAUACUACUUUAUUUUUAUUUCCCACGAUACAGUUUCGUCUAGUGUGGCGCCCACUGUAUCUUGUGUUUGUAACUUUGUGUUUUUUUAUCAAAUAAUAAAUCACUUUUUGACUCGAAAUCUGUACUUGUAUGUUUUUUUUUUUAUAUAUAAUUUGCACAGUUUAUUCCAUAGACACUUGAACCACCAAUAAGAUCCGCCAGCCCAUAUUUUUAAUUAUAGAAUUACAGUUGUUGCUUCGAGUAACUGUUAUACCUUUACCUAUGAUACAUAGAGAGACGCAUGGCAUUUCAUUAUUAUAAGAUAUGUAUAAAUAUAUUAAAUGUUUAAAUGGUGCACCAAUGACUCAAUAAAUCUGACAGGCUAUACGUAUUUUUAAAAUACAUAUACAGUCGCGUCAUAUUAGCAAGGGGUCGUAGAUUGGUGCCAAUAUAUUUGUAUGUAAUAUAUAAAAAUGUUUUUUCGGCAAAUAUUGUAUAUGUGUCGUCAAAAGAGUACAGUCUGCACAAGAAAUUAAAUGUUUUUAGAUUACAAUUGUUAAUAACAAUACAAUUAAUUGUAUGAGAUUUGUCUUUAAUGGCGGCAUUUAUACUAUUUAUCAUAUAGUUGUAAUAGGGCAAGAAUAAUUAUGAAAUCACUUUGACCUCGCGUUGUUACCGUUCCGUUGCGUUGCAUGACCGGACGUGUCGUAUGAUUGACAAAAAUAUUUUGUAUAAGUACAUAUGUACGUAUAUUAUAUCGCCGUCUGAUUCGUAACCUUCGUUGCUUUGUCUGUUGGAGCGUUUAUUCUCCAUUCUUUAAAUUAGUGACUCAUUUUUUUUUUUGUAUUUACACAUCUAGAUGUUCUGAAAUAACUUCUUUGGCAUUUGAUGCCUGUGCUGAUUAAAAUUUGAACUGCAAUAAUGAACUUUUAAAGUUUAUUUUUGUAUUGGCCAUGUUUAUAUCAUAAUUUUAUGCAAUUUUAAAUAUGCAACCCUGAUUACAAUAGAAUAGUGUUUAAUUUAAAUUUUCUCCAAUCAUAUAAGGUAUAUUAUUAAAGCGUAACGCAAGGAACUAUUAUUUAUUAAAAAGUGACAAUCCCGUAAGCGAGAAUAAUUUAGUUUUAAUUUAGUUGCAACAAAAAAUUAGUAUAAACAAGCCGAGUAUACUGAGUACACAUUGUUUUAGUACACGUAAUGCAUAAUAUAAAAUUAUUUAGUCUAAUAUAAAAUAUUUCCUUUUGUCUCAGAUACUGAUAUUAAAAUUUAUCCCAUACCUAUUUACAUGUUCUUGCUAGGCUUUUCUACGUUAUUUAUUAUUACUAAUAUAUUUACAUCAUUAUUUAUCAUGAUUAUAUAUUUAUUUUAAUUAUUUUAACCAAUAAUAAUGCAAUGUUUUUUAAUAUUUUAUAUUUUACACUUAUUUAUCAUUUACGAAGUCUGUAUUGACCGAAACCCGUGAUUUAUAAUAGGUAAUAAUAACUUCUCUUUAUUUGUAAUGAUUAAAUUUAAUUUAAAAAAUAUAAAUAAAAUUGUAUCUCUUUUUUUAAUGCCAUCUGUAUCUUGACUAAUAGUUUUUAACGCACUGCCCAAAUGUAGAUUCCUUUAAUACCAAUACUACACUGUCAUGAGAAACAUGUUGUGUUUGUAGAUGGUACACACACACUACGAUGACUCAGAUCAUGUGUUAGACAUUUUGUCGUCACGGGCAAAAAAAUGCCACAAUUAUGUACUCAUUUUGCCACUUUGAACGUUUGCCCGGUAAACUCCUAAAUCGGGCCCUGGGCCUAUAACUAGCAAGAUGGCUGGUGUCGUAUACAAAGUGUCUUCUACACUUGCGCAGUGCUUCAAAUCCAAUAUAUGAAUGGUAGAAUCUAUACUAUUAUAAUUACAAAUGAUAUUUACAUAGUAUAAAAUACCCGGUCAUAACUUUUAUUAAAGAAUCUGUGAUGUUUCAUAGUUGUAAUGUAUGUAUAAUAUUAGUAGUUUCGUUUCAUUAGUUUUAUGUAUUGGAGAUGUGUUCCACACGUCAGUGAUAUUGUGCUCAGAGCGAUAUAUUUAGGGUCGAAACCCACGAAUAAAGUAUAUAACAUUAUAUUAAA